CGUAAAACGGGCAAAUGCCUGGAAGAUUCUCAGUGGAUCAGCACCUUCUCAUCUUCUCAUUUGGCCUUUUUUUAUCCACAACCACAAGGUUUGCUUCUAUCUUACAGUCUCUCUCUUCUUCACUCCGUUUCUUUGACUCUUCUUUUAUUAAUAUCGGGCGACAGCCGGCAGCCGGCGAGUGGAAGGAGUGGCUACUGAUUCUACAAUGAUGGAGUAUUUCAUGCAUGGAGACCUUGUUCAUGUUAUCCAUGGUCUUUAAUUGGAGUUCUUGGGGUUUUCUUCAUGCUCCUAUAUAAUUUGGGAUUUGGGUGACAACGAGAGAGAGCACGCUUGUUAUCACUCAUCCGAGGUAUAUGAUUGUGUACGGGCGUGCUCUAUGUCGUUGUCAUACAAUCUGUUCAGGUGGAGGGUUUGCUUUCCUCUUUGCAUUUUUUGCCCAUGGGCUCCUUGCUGGUGAUUCUACACCUUCAAUGCAUUUGUACUUCAUAUUCUGAUUUAUGCACCUUGUUGGUGAAUAUGAUUACAUCUUAAGAUAUGUUUGUAACAAAUUUAGAAAUUUUGUGCAAUUUCUUUUGCAAAUACACACUUAACUGAACUAUGAGAGGAUACAAAUCUUAUUUAAAGAUGAUAUAAGUUGAACUCUUAUGGAAUUUCAUGUACUUGAUGAAAUUUGGAAUUCAUUGUUCCAAUUGCAUAUUGAAUUUUGUACGAGGUUAACUUUUAUUAUCUUUUGGAAGAUUUUUGCCAUUUUCUAGUUGAAUAGGAUGUGUAGUUACUUAUGAAUUUCAUGAAAAUUUCUCUAUUUGUUCCAAACAUAGCAUAAAUUUUGAUUCAAAUUCGUUAAUUCUUUCUCUCUAUUUCAUAUUAUUGGUGGUUGACCACUUCUGAUGGAACUAUAUGGCUGAUGUUUCCUAAAGGAUAUGAGCUAUGCUUUGCUUGGAAAAGCAUAGUUUUCUUUAUAUUUCAAUUGGAAGCUUGUUAUUAAAGCAUAGUGUAGAAAUAUGUACAUGUUAGAAUACAAGUCAUAAAGGUCUUUUCCUCACUGAUUUUUUCCUUUCCUUCAAAAAGACAAGGGGGUGAUAUUCUCGUAGAGAGCCUAAGGAACUUGAAUCUCCAAAUUCUCAUGUAUGAAAGUGGAUAAAUACUAACUUUAUCAGAGUUCAGGUGGAGGGAUACAAGGAGAGGAUGCAGCUGUUUGGCUUAGUUGGAGGGGCUACAAGAAGAGGACACAGCUACGGUGGGACCUGGUGGAGGUAUAGCUUGAGCAUGUUUUGUGUGGAUAAAGAAUUUCAUAAGGUGAUAAGUAGUGGAGUUGGAUAUUGGACUCGGAUUAGCUGGUCAGGUGAAAAGCAUGGUUUUGGAUCUUUAUGCAUCGACACCAUCAGGGAAACUUUGAUUGGCUCACCUGUUAGAGAUUAUGUGGCUUAGAAUGCAUGAGAACCUGGGAUUUCAAUCUGGAGGCCCAAGACCAGCAUUAAACACUCAAUCCAGUCCAUUUGGAAAUCCAUUUUCUGGAGCUGGAUCUGGAUUCAUUCGAGGGGGAUUGGGUGCCUAUGGAGGGAAAAUUCUUGGAUCAGGAACUGAGUAUGUACAAAGCAAUAUAAGCAAGUACUUCUCCGAUCCUCAAUACUACUUCCAAGUGAACGACCAUUAUGUUAGAAACAAACUGAAGAUUGUUCUAUUUCCAUUUUUUCACAGAGGGCACUGGACAAGGAUAACAGAACCAGUUGGAGGCAGGCUUUCCUAUAGACCUCCAAUUAAUGACAUCAAUGCUCCUGAUUUAUACAUUCCAUUCAUGGCAUUUGCCACCUACUUAGUUCUUGCUGGCAUCUCGUUGGGCCUCUCUGGGAAGUUUAGCCCAGAAGCUUUAAAUUGGCAAUUUGUUAAAGGAAUGGUUGGCUGGUUUCUCCAAGUGAUGCUUCUGAAGUUCUCUAUACUGUCACUUGGGGGUGGAGAGGCACCUCUUUUGGAUACAGUGGCAUAUGCUGGAUAUACUUUCACGGGAAUGUGUAUGGCGGUGCUUGGAAGAAUCACGCUAAGCUACGCCUAUUACUUGAUAGUUGUAUGGACAUGUUUGUGCAUGGGCAUCUUCUUGGUGAAGACUAUGAAGCGAACUCUGUUUGCUGAGGUUAGGAGUUACCACUCGAGCAAGAAUAACUAUUUGUUGGUCGGAUUUGCGUUUGCCCAGUUUCCGUUGAUAUUCUGGCUCAGCAACACUCCUGCAAACUGAUGGACUUGUGCUCUCAUCUAUCUGGAGUAGGAUACAUGAGUUAUUUCUUUUCUAGUUGACUUUACAAAAAUUCUUUUUCUUCAAAUAGCUUUGGUUUGAAUUACUGUAUUCCCUGAAAUUGGUGGAAAAUUGGACUCAAAUUAACUUUAAAAAAGUUUUAAAAUUUUUUUGUGUUGCUGCAGAAGCAGAUGUUGAUAACCAAAAUGAUUCAUUGUAUUCUUUAUUAGUUUGUUCCGAGAGUUGGUUUAAUGGAAAUUUGUAGAUUUUUUAA